UAAAGCUCAGCGGGCGGCUGAAUAGAGUAACAGGUGUCUGCUUGCCUCCAGGACGGCCAGUUCAGACACACUCCGGAGGGAUUUUAUUACCACACGUUCACGAUCUGGAUUUAACCCGACCAUCAGUCCGUUGCUUCGUGUUGUGGCUCCUGCUGUAACCAGUGUCUCCAUGUCAUCGCCGUGUCUCAGCAGCGUCCUGACCCACGCCAACCUCACCAUGUACCCGACCGGUCCGACCGACAUGCUGCUCCACCAGCCCCCCACCCUGCAGCUCAGCGCCCCGUCACACUGCUCCAAGGCCAGCGCUCAGUCCUACAGGCACAGCAGCCCUCACUGCUGGAGCGAAGACCAGGUUCUGGAGUGGAUCGGUGACCAGGUGGAGAACGCCAAGUUCGAUGCCAACUUCCUGAGUCUGGCCUGCUGCGCCGUGAAUGGAUCCACCCUCUGCCAGAUGAAGACGGACCAGAUGAUCGGAGUCUUCGGGCCACAGCUGGGUCCUCAGCUCCAUCAGAGUCUUCAGGACCACAAGUCCAAACAUGAGCUACAGAACCUUCCUGAACCAGAGCUGAACGAGACCUGCCAGCUCCUGGACAACUUCCUGGACAACCUGAGCUUCCCUCUGCUCAGCACCCUGCGGUUCGGCGCUGCAGUGGAGGACGCCGUCAGCAAGAGAGAGUUCGACUACCAGGACGACUACGACCUGAGCCUGGCCCUGGAGCCCAUGGCACCAGAGUACUUUUCAGAUGGGGAUUACAUGUCCUCCUCCAACGAGUCGGCCAGCAACGAGUCCGAGCCUGAGCUGUCCUGCCACCUCAUCUCCAAGGUUCAAAUCAAGCUGGAGAAGGAGGAGACCCAGCUGAAGCGGCCGCGGGGGCGCCCCCCCAAGGGCAACCAGGAGCGCAGCAGCAUCUACAACACUCCCAAGAAGACCAAGCAUGCGCCCCGAGGCACCCACCUGUGGGAGUUCAUCAGGGACAUUCUGAUCCAUCCAGAGAAGAACCAGGGCUUGAUGAAGUGGGAGGAUCGUCACGAAGGCGUCUUCAAGUUCCUCAAGUCUGAGGCCGUGGCUCAGAUGUGGGGCCAGAAGAAGAGAAACAGCAGCAUGACGUAUGAGAAGCUCAGCCGUGCCAUGAGGUAUUACUAUAAAAGGGACAUUCUGGAGCGAGUGGACGGUCGCAGACUUGUUUAUAAAUUUGGAAAAAACUCCAGCGGUUGGAAGAUGGAAGAGAUCGGCAUGCCAGUCCUGAGCCACCAAGCCGGUGGAGGACUCUGAGGGGAGGACGGGGAUGGGGGACGGGAGCUGGUCUGGCCUGUCUCACUCACACUUCCUUUUUCCAAAGGAAGGUAUUGCAGAAAAUGUAAGCCACUGUUUUUGGCUUUUGUAGGUUUUGUAAACCAUAUUUGUCAUUGUUGUGUACAGUAAGUGAAAUGUACAUCGUUUUGGAUGCUUGAGUUCCUCCAACCAACAACAUUAGAGUGCUAAUGAAACUUAAAGGAUGGACUUUUACUGUUAGUGUGGUUUAGCUGACGUGUCAAAAGUGUCUUCGUCCUCUGAUGAAGACCAUUCCUCUGUCAAGGAAACAUGAUGUCCAUGUGUGCUUAAUGAUUUUUCUCUGUUUUUAUAUUUUUGUAAAUGGUUCCUGUGUUCUUGCCUCCAUGAUCUGUGAUCCCUUCAGUCUUUUACUACUUUUCUUUUUUUUUGUAAUCCUGUGUAUAAAAGCAAUUUGUAUCUCGGUUACAACUGUAUUAUUGUAGUGGUUUACAAGAAGCAUGAAGAACUGAGCUGUGGCUGACAGAAGAGGCUCUCAAUGGCUGUAAAAUAUAAAUUAAAUUCUCUUUUCACACAUAUCUGUUUGUCAAAUAAAGAUAUUAUUUCAUGA